CUUUAAACUAAACAACAACAACAUGAAAUUCUUAAUCAUAUUUGCUGUAUUCCUCCUCCUACAAGGAUCUUUAGGUCAGGAUAAGAAAGAAGUCUUCUCUCAACCCUCUCAAGUAACUGUAGUAAUACCACCUAAAGUUGAAAAAGUUGUUACCCAAGUUUCUCAGCAUAUACCCAUAGUGCUGACGCAACAUCUCGCGAACCAACAACGUUUGGUACGUUCUCUAGAUAAUCGUCGUAACCUGAAAACCGAGGGCUCACAGAAAUGUAAAUUCAUUUGUAAUCCUCUCGAUGUUACUGUAUGUGGUUAUAAUGGUCGCUGUUAUCGGGAAUUUGAAAAUCAAUGUGAACUAACCAUCUAUAAUUGUUUGAAUACACAGAAAAUUUUCCAUAUAGUGGAUGAGGCCAACUGUCAAAAUGUUAGUUAUCCAAAAUGUUUCCGUGGAGAUAUGUAAAUUUUUAAAUUUUAAAUAAAUUGAGUAAAAUUUCAC